CGGAACGCUAUGGUUUGGUCGCUUUGCUACUCGGAAGUUGUCCUUUUCUCACUUUUUGGUUGAUUUUACACGAUAAAGUUAUGGAGGAUCAGAAUUUGGAAAGUAUCGUAGUCAUACUGAAUGACAAGGUCGACGCUUCGGGGGAACCUAUUAUACCCAAGAACUCGCUGCACUGCACCUUCUGCAACUGGAAGUUCUCAAGUAAACAAAAUCUCAAGCGCCAUGUGAAAGAGCAACACCUUGGAUUUCGCUUUCCCUGUAAUAAAUGUGAGGCCGAGUUCGGACGUAAGGAAGACAUCAUCAAACACUAUUCUGUCUACCACAGUGAUGAUCUUCAGGAAAUACGCUAUAUAAAACAAGUACCGAUGGUAGCGGAGGAUGGACAAGUCAAGCCACGAGUUAAAGCCCCAGGGGUGAUCAAAAUCCCACCAAAGAAAAUUAAGAAGGAAGUCUUAAAGGUGCAAACUCCGAUCCAACGACCGAGAAGAAAUAGAAAUCCUAAAGAGCCACAGACGAAAGUUGUGAGCUCACCAGCCAAGACAACGCGGUCACCAGCUAAGACAGUUGUGUUACCAGCUAGUAGCAGGGAAUGUAUCGACACUGGUAACUCGUCAGAGCCGGAACGAGUAGUCAUUGCCUUGGAUCCUGUUACUCAGUUUAGACUCGAACGAGUCAUAGCGGAUCGAGUAAACAUGAUCACUGAGAACGUUGUCAUCGAGACUCUGAGUGAAGGUGGGAAUGUCACGAAGCGAGAGAAAAUUGAGAGGAAGUAUCAUUUAAACCCGUUAUCAUGAGUUAUGAGUUUUAUAACUACUCAGACUACAUGUAGUAACUCAGACUCGUCAGAAUAUUUCAUUAUUUUGGUUGUGAAGCCAAGGACUCUCAGAAAAGCGAAGAAGAAAAAAACCAAAGGAAGUUUGAGUU